CAAAAAUACUGUAGAUCAGUAUAAACAGUUGAGUUCUUUCAUGCACACAAAUAUUUGUACUGAACGAGGAUCGAAACCACGACCUCGUGGCUUGGUACCUAGUCUAGUACAAAUCAAUGCACACUGCACCAAACGGCAGUCUAUUAUUCUCUCAAUUUUACCAACAUUUUUUACAUAGAACAGACCGAAAAUCUUGUGCUCAAAAAGUUGAUAAGACACUUGUGGGCAAUUAAAGUUAAAGAUAUGAGUAUGAUUAUAUCAGGAGUGGGUUUACCACAAUAGUCGAGGAUUGACGGGGAUAAAACUAGCGUCUUCUCCUCUCGAAUCGGUUGGUUGGUUGGUUGGCGGUUAUUUUAUAAAUCAAAAAAUUACUUUCAAAAGCAGUUUUUAUUAGAAUUACGUUCAUAGAUAGUGAUGACAAGGCGUUCAUACUCUUUUGUGGCGAGUGACGACAAGCCAGUCGUCAAUGUCAGUCUUUCGACAUUCCGCAAGUUCAAUGUCAAUGUGUGGCAUGUUUUCUGUCAAUACAGUCAUUGGUGCAAGAUGUGCAUGAUUGGAAGAAGGUAUGAACCGACAGAGCAGCCCUAGUGAGCCUGCUCGCUGUCUCUGCCCACCAUGCAUCUACACAAAUGGUGGGAUACCAACAAAAUGACACAAUGACGCCACAUCAAAAACUUAUUGCCGGUUGCAUAUCUGGCGUGACUACGCGGUUCAUAACCCAACCUUUGGAUGUGGUUAAAAUACGGACACAGUUGCAAAAGAAACAAUCUCACGCUUAUUCGGACAAGUGGUUCUCUACCACCAGGAAGAUCUUCGCCGAAGAGGGGAUUACUGCAUUCUGGCAUGGUCAUAACCUUGGCCAGAUCCAUUCUAUCCUUUCAGUGAGCAGUCAGUUUUAUGUAUACGAAUUAUCAACAAAAUUUGUUUCAAAUGCAUCAAUUGACGACAAAUUCAAACCAUUUAUGAUGUUUUGCUGUGGGUCUUUCGCGGGAGGCUGCAGUGCUGCCCUUGUUAUCCCCCUUGAAGUGGUUCGUGUACGGCAAAUGAUCGUCAAAGAGCAGUACCGAGGGUUCUUCAACGGGGCUAAAAAGGUCUACAAAUCCGGUGGCAUCUUUGCCUUCUAUGAAGGCUUGUCAGCUUCCUUGUUGCAGAGCUUCGCAAACCCACAGAUGGGUCCAGCCGUGGGCAUCUCGUUCAGCGUGUUCCGAAUGGUGCAGCAAGGAAUCUUGCACUACCUGAGCGACUGCUCGGCUGGGGACUGCAAGCACGCGCCGGGCAACGUGCACCGGCCGGAGUAUCUGGUGGUCGCCAGCACCCUCGCCGGGAGCGUGUCCGGCUUCGUCUCCAAGUCGCUGACCUACCCGUUCGACCUCGCUAAAAGGAGGCUACAAAUCGCCACUCAUAAACAAGAUGCGCAAUACAAAACCCCCAGCACAUCGAAAGACCUGUUGAAGUGUAAGAAACUGACCCAUUGUCUUGUGGAGACCUAUAAGUCCGAAGGUUUUACUGGACUGUACCGAGGCUGGAAGGUUACCAUCUACAAGGCCCAACUAACCAGCGUAGUCGCGUUCACGACAUACGAGCUCAUCUGCUACGCCAUUAGAGAAUUUGAUGCCGCUUGAAUCAGUGACUAUGUACUAUGUAAUUUGUGAAUAGUGCAGUGUUUAGAAUUCAAAUUAGGAAGCUUUACUAUCGUUUUGAAUAUUAUAUGUUUAUUUACUCUUA